AAUGGAUGUGAAGAAGUUAAAACUAACGAUUAGAAGGAAGAUAAUAAGAAGUUCCUACAGAAUCAUGCCUGAUAAGAACAUUGUAGAGGAUGUUAUCGGUGAUUUGGUGGAUAACUUCACGGAUACUGUUCAGAAGAACAAACAUGGUUCCUCCUUCUUCGAACAAGAAGAUUCCGUCAGUUCUCGUUUCAACCGUUUGUUUGGUCGUCAGAAGCCAAUUCACCAUAUCUUAGGUGGUGGUAAAUCUGCUGAUGUGUUGUUAUGGAGGAACAAGAAGAUCUCUGCUAGUGUUUUGAUGGGAGCUACUGCAAUUUGGGUGCUUUUCGAAUGGAUCAAUUUUCAUUUUCUGUCUCUCCUUUGCUAUGCCCUCUUGCUUGGUAUGAUCGCCCAAUUCGUUUGGUGUAAUGCCUCAGGCUUCCUAAACCGCAGCUCACAGUCUAGAGUGCCUCGGCUUGUUCUUCCAAAGGAUUUCUUUGCUGAAGUAGGUGUGGCCAUUGGAAAAGAAGUUAACCGCGGUUUGUUGUUUCUACAGGACUUGGCUUGUAAAGGGAAUUUGAAACAGUUCCUCAUGGCGAUAAUCGGACUAUGGGUAGCCGCAAUGGUCGGGAGCUGUUGCAAUUUCCUAACUGUUUUGUAUAUCGGGUUUGUUGGGGCACACACAAUGCCGGUUCUGUAUGAGAGAUAUGAAGACGAAGUGGAUGGUUUUAUGGAUUCUCUGAUUAUGAAGUUUCAUAGUCACUACAAGAAGCUUGACACUGGUUUUCUCAGUAGAAUCCCAAGUGGAAAGUUUGGGUUAAAGAAGCGUGAGAACAAGGUCUGGUUUACAAAAGUCACAGAGAUGUCAAGUGGAACAGUGAGAAGGGUUUCACGUCAAGAUAUACAACUGGUUCAAAACCUUAUAGAGCGAUGCCUUCAACUUUACAUGAAUCAGAAAGAAGUUGUGGAUACUUUACUAGAGCAGGCUAAAAUCGAGCCUGGCUUCACAGAGCUAGUUUGGCAGAAGCUUGAAGAAGAGAAUCGGGAGUUUUUCAAGGCUUACUAUCUUAGGCUAAUGGUUAAACACCAGAUAAUGGAGUUCAACAAGUUGCUUGAGCAGCAGGUUCACCACAUGCGUCAGAUGCAUCCAACUGGGGUUGCUUCCGUCCAAAAUACUAAUGGUUCUCAUAUUCAAUCAAUGAAUCAGAAACAAUUAUGCUACCCCUCUGAGCACACUGAUCAAUCUUUGAAGUCAGAAAGUGCACAUCAUCCUAUGGCUUCUAGUCUGUCUAAUGCAUUCCUCAAUGGCUCUUCAACACUCAAUACAAACGUGCCCUCUUCUAUAAACAUAUCAACCCAUGCGAGGAGAGUUGAUGCUUCUCCAAAUAUGCUCUCAUCGCACAUGCCUAUGAUGCAAGGAAUGAAUGGAGGAAUGAUCAAAUCUGAGACUGCCUUUACAAACCCUGCUUCAUUCAUGUAUGGUGGCGAACGGAAUGCCCUAGAAGGACAUUCGGCAGUUGGGGAUACUUCGAUUCCUAAUUUCAGUAAUGAGUCCAACAACCAACCUCUCAGUGAACCGCUUCUUGAAGCAGAAACUUCUGGUUUUGGGUUCUUAGGUCAAAUUCCUCGUAACUUUAGCCUCUCUGAUUUGACAGCUGAUUUUUCCCAGAGCUCAGAGAUUCUGGAGAGCUACGAUAGAUCACCCUUCCUUGUACCGAAUGCUGAAAACAUCCUGGACUCCCGUGAAAGAGGAGAAUAUCAAGGAGACAACAAGAGGUUGGAUACCAUAUCUGAAGGUUUCAGUUACGAUAACAUUGGAAGCGAGUAGUUAGGUAAUAGGUUUUGCUUUAUCACUCAUAACGUAGGACACGUUUGUGUACAAAAGAUUCAGCUUUUGAUGGUUUUCCUUUGCAAAGACUAUUUGGUGGGGUGUAUAAAAAGGGCUUUCCAUU